AACCCAUCAAAACAGAGCUCCUCUGCAACUCUUCUUCUUCUUCAAAUUCUUCAAAUUCUUCAAAUUCUUAUUCCCAUGGCGGCUAAGAGAAUCAGACAAGAAUUCGAGGCCACCGACAUGGCCAAAUCCCCCAUGUUUAUCUCUUAUGGAAUUGAAUCAUCCAACCCCAUCAUUCCAUUCCAAAACGCCUCUGUUUUCGAGUGCAAAACCUGCAACCGCCACUUCUCAUCCUUCCAGGCUCUCGGCGGCCACCGGGCCAGCCACAAACGGCCCCGGACCACGGCGGAAGACCCCAAGGAGGCGGUGGAUUUGAAACACAAAAUGCACGAGUGUGGCCUCUGUGGACAGGAGUUCUCUUCUGGGCAGGCUCUCGGUGGGCACAUGCGCCGCCACCGUGUGACGGCGGUGCCGGAGAAGAUUCCGGUGCUGAAGAGAUCUGGGAGUAGGAGAAUUAUGUGCUUGGACCUCAAUUUGACGCCAUUGGAGAAUGACUUGAAGAUGCUGUUCGGAAAAAUGGCUCCAACCGUUGAUCUUGUUCUUUGAUUUUUAUUUAUUUAUU